AUGGAACCUGCAAACGAGGAAACCGUUCAAUGUUUUUUCUUCUCAUUGGCGCAAGGUUCCAACAGUUUGUUAUGGGAAGAAUUAUGUGAAAAGAUUAAUGAUACGAUUAAAGAUUUAUCUAAAGAAUAUAUUUGGCAAAGGGAUGAAUUUCAAGUAUUUAUACCGAUAUCAGACAGCAAAGACACAAAUAUCCCUUUUCAUCUAUGCAGUAUAACCUGUUUUGGGGAUAAUAUAGAAGAUGAAUGGUUUAUUGUGCAUCUUGUGUUGGAAAUAUCUAAACUAUAUCCAAAUUUAAUUAUACACAUAAAAGACAAUGAUGGGGACUUCCUUCUCAUAGAGGCAGCAGAUAAUUUACAGACUUGGGUUAAUCCAAGUAAUACUGAUAAUCGGGUUUUUAUAUAUAGAGGUCACAUUCAUCUUAUUCCACCAAAAGUAGCUCCAUUACAACCUAAGCUUGAAUUGAAAGCAGCUAUUAAAAUCAUUGAAGAAUCCUCUGAAUUAACACAAGUAUCUUGUGCUAUUGAACAGGCUAUACUAGAUAGGAUUGGCAAGUAUCCAGAAAAGCUCUUAGAAAAUAUCCAUAGAACUGCAGUACAAAUACCUUCUCAUAUAGCGGCUCUCUUGAUACUAAAGCCUUCUCUUAUUGCACCUAUAACAAAUGCUUAUAGUAAUUCUGAUGUGAUUGAUGCAAAGUGUUGUAAAGACAUUGAUUUCAGUAAUUGUGUAAAUGUUGAAGUAACAUUUACAAAGUUUUUGUAUGCAAUGCUUUUGCAUUCCAAAUUUAUUAACAGCAUUAAACACUAUGAAUUUAUUAAUGAUAAGAAAAGUAUUUUGGGAGCUAAGAUAACAUGUGGAUAUCAAAUAAUUAUGAACAAAGCCUCAACAGACUUGUUUAACUCAAAAGCAUAUAAUAAAUUUUUAUCAAACUUAAAACAAAACGGCUAUUUCCAAAAUAAUAUUGAAGGAUCUAUAGGCUAUAAUAACUUGUUAAGAAAAGCAAAAGAAUAUUUUUCAAUUGUAGAGUGUCCUAUAAGUUCUCAUGUCUCUGAUAGUAUAUCUCAACUUAUGUCAUCAUCUGACUAUUUAAGAAUUAAAGACUCAAUCAAAGAUAUAUGUGUAGAACCUGGGUAUAUAGGUGACACUGAAGAUUGGCUAAAUAUACAUCCAGAACAAUUAAAUGAUUUACUGCUGAAACGCUAUGGUAAGAUAACCACAUUAAAAAAUAAUGAUGUAAUAUCUUCCACAACUUUAACUACAGAAUUAUCAUCAUUCCUAAAACAAACAUCUGAUUAUGAAGGCAUAGAAUCGCAUUGUAAUGAGAUAAUUGAAGACUCUAUUGAGUUUGAACCAGAUCAGUUUGUUUCAUGUAUAGAAAAGAUGUUAAAUGUAUUAAGUACAGGAGACGACGAAAAUACUGAAAGUGAAGAAAGUGAUCAAGAUUAUGAUAACUUUCAAUAUCAUGAUAAUGGCUGUGAUAAAGAGCUAAGAGCUAAACUUCAAACUAAUCAAACAGAAAAUCCUCAAGAAAACAAUACUAUACUGUCAAAUAUUAUUCAGAGUAUUAAAGAAGAAAAGUCAAUAGGGCCCACUAGUAACCUGCUGAGGUCAUUUGGUGUACAUAAAUCUGAAUUACUAGAUUCUGAUGAUGAUUAA